UUCUGUAUGCAGGGAUUAUUACCUGAGAAUAAUACCUGAAAAUGUUUCAGAACGUUGUGUUGAAUAUUUUCACUGUGAAUUGAAUAAUAUUAACUAACAGUAAGUUGAUUGAUUUUUUCAAAAAUGAUUAUAAAAUGGUCUAUUUUGUUGCGAAUGUUGAGAAAGGAAAAUGACUAGUUGCUUUUGUUACAUAGUUUUGCGAGUAGAAAUCAAGAACAUUCUUUUUUGUAUGAAUAACUCUUUUAUGCCAUUUUAAAUAAUAAAUCUUACAUUCUUCGUGCCAUAAAACAACUUGAACUUUGAUAUUAAGACAUGUGAUUCCAGCGUGUGAAAUAACGAUCUAGAUGAAUAUUGCUUAUAAUACUUGAGAUUGUUGUUGGUCACGAUAUAGCUCUUUUCUUUAACUGUUUAUAAUCAUCGUACAUUCAACAAUAAAUGUUCUGUUUCAGCAAUUUGUAACUGGUGAAGUGCCAAGAACAUCAAGUCUGCCACCAGAUAUUCGAUUGAUUAAAGCUUCAAAUCCAAGCCAGGUGCGUCAUAUAAAAUGCAAUCUGAGUUCAUUUCUUGAUUGUUUAUAUUAUAGAAUGAAAAUAGCAAGAAUUUUUCUGAUACAAAAAAACGAAAAUUAAUUCAUAGUUCUAAACAAUUUAUUAAUAAUUCAUCUGCUAAAAAUUACAAACGACAUGAACACAAUGUUAUAAAUGAUAAAAUCAGUAAUUCAGAUUUUCUUAGUGCGUUAUUCGAAACAAUUGAUAUUAAUAGUCAUCGACCGUCAAAUAAUUACAGAUAUAAUGAUUCUAUAUUCAGAUUCGCAACAUGUCUUUCUAUAUUAGGUGGAAAAUAUGUAUAUGAAUAUCUUCGUAUUAAUCUGAGAUUUCUGUUACCAACAAUACAAACUGUUCAAAACAAUUGGACACAUAAACCUUAUUCAGAAGCUGAAUUUAGAUUUGAUGAAUCAAAAAUUUAUUUAAAUACAGUUCAGUGUAAAUUUAUUUUUGUCUCAGAGGAUUCUUCUGCAAUCAUUCCUAGAGUAGAAUAUGAUUCAAAUUUAGAUAAUUUUAAUGGUUUUACUACACCCUUUGUAAAUGGUAUACCAAAUGAAAAUGCUUUUCAAUGUACAUCAUUUGAAAAACUUAAAGCUAUGAUUGAAACUAUUCCACUUGCUAAUUUAAUUAAUAUUCAUUCAAUACAGCCUAUUCCUGAUUCAAGUUUUACUACAACACCAUCAUCAAUUGUUUUAGCAGCCUAUGGGACAGACAAUAAACUAAAUGCUAUUGAUAUACUAAAAAGAUGGUUAAUGAUUUAUAGAGAAUUUAAAACAAGAGGUAUCCAUGUGCUUGGAUUCUCGACAGAUGGAGAUCCUAAAUUUUUACGGGGGAUGCGCCUAGCUGCAAACUAUUUCGUUAAAACUCAAACGUUAAAUAUUUAUAAUAAUAAUAAUAAUAAUAAUAAUAAUUUACCUUUUACAAUUAAAAUUAAUUCUAGUUGGUUAUCAUGAUUAUGGAAAGUGUGGUUAUACAUUACAAAGCCAUCUCGUAAAGCAUCAGCUGAAAAGAAAAAUCUUGUACCAGAUGAAACGGCAUAUUUUAUCACCUCCAAUACGUUUAUAUGUUUAGAAUUAAAUGCGCAUUAUUUAGCUUAUUUGUAUAUGUUAAUUGAACAAAAAAUUCUUCCCGAAUGUAUAGCAGAAUCUACACAUUUAUUUUCGUCUCAACAAUGUGAAAAUGUUUUUAGAAAUGCGAGAGCAUUAUCCGGCGUUUACUCAACACGGAUUAACUUUACCACGAAACAGUUCUUAAAACGUUUAAAUAAAUUGAAUAUACUUACUGAAUUGAAACAAUUUGAAUCAACAAAUAAUCAUCAGAAAGUUUUCUUUCCUGUUCACCACAAAAUUAAAAGAAUUUUUUCUAAAACAGAAUUGAAUAAUAAUAAUAAUAAUAAUAAUAAUAAUAGCAACAACAAUAAUAAUAGCAACAAUAAUAACAAUAAGAGAAAUAUUAGUUUUAAUACAGAUGCACUUGAGCAAAUUAUACUUAAAGCGUAUACAGUAGCACAACAGAUGACAGUUUUCGUCGGUAUGAAUGUUAAUUUGAUUAAAAGUAAUCUCUUUAACAUAGAACAAUCAUCAUCAAUGGUUAAACGCUUGUUACAAUUAAGCAAUCUAACUGAAACAGAAAUACUUGACGUUGACGGACUUUAUGAUGACGAAGAUGAUGAUGAUAGUAAUGAAGAUGAUAAUGUUGAAGAAGAUGAAGAAUCAGAUAAUAUUAUUUAUGAUAGCGAUAUUUACGAAGAUGAUGAUAAUCCAACAGUUAGUUUUGAAAAUUUACGAUCAACGUCUUUCUCAGGUGUCUAUGCAGGAAUUUGCGCUUUAGAGUGUUUUUCAGUAAAGGAAGAGUAA